GCAGGUGACCGGGUGUGUCAGAGAUUGGACUCCCAGUCCCCUCACAGCCAUCUCCAUACACCACAGGCUCUUUACACGUUUAUAUACCGUAUAUCUGUACAGGGCAGGAGACCGGAUGUGUCAGAGAUGGGACUCCCAGUCUCCCCACAGCCAUCCCCACACACCACAGGCUCAUCCUGAUGCAGGCCUGGAUGAGAACUUCUGCCGUAACCCUGACAACAAGGAGCGGCCCUGGUGCUACACCACGGAUGAGUCGCAGAGGUGGGACUACUGUGACGUCAUGGAAUGUGCUGACCCUUUAUCACCAGACUCCGUUGGCCAGGACUGCCAUAGAGACUACACCUGUGCAAAGUAUUUCCUAUUACGACUUUGCUACUGUGACGAAGACUGCAGCUUUUUCGGUGACUGCUGCGAAGACUUUGAGUAAGUAAACCUCUACUAGCCUGGUAAAAUCAGGCCGAUAGCAGCCUCAUCGACUCCGACCUCAUGCUGGCCAACAACUGUUCACCAUAU